UCUGCCUCCUUCCAGGAAUCAGUCUCCUGCUGCACCAACUCCGCUCCUCCUGCGGGAAAGAUGUCAGCCCUCACCGCCCUCUUCAAGUAUGUGGAUGACAACCAGGACCGCUACAUUAAGAAACUGGCCGACUGGGUGGCCAUCCAGAGCGUGUCUGCAUGGCCCGAGAAGAGGGGUGAGAUCAAGAAGAUGAUGGAGGUGGCGGCGGCCGACAUCCAGCAGCUGGGCGGCUCCGUGGAACUGGUGGAUAUUGGAAGGCAGACGCUCCCCGACGGCUCCGAGAUCCCCCUGCCCCCCAUCCUGCUGGGCAAGCUGGGCUCAGACCCGAAGAAGAAGACCGUCUGCAUCUAUGGGCACCUGGACGUGCAGCCGGCCGCGCUGGAGGACGGCUGGGACAGCGAGCCCUUCACGCUGGUGGAACGCGACGGCAAGCUGUACGGCAGGGGGUCCACGGACGACAAGGGCCCGGUGGCCGGCUGGCUGAACGCCCUGGAAGCCUUCCAGAAGACAAACCAGGAGAUCCCCGUCAACAUCCGCUUCUGCCUGGAGGGCAUGGAGGAGUCGGGCUCCGAGGGCCUGGACGAGCUCAUCUUUGCGCAGAAGGACACGUUCUUCAAAGACGUGGACUACGUGUGCAUCUCCGACAACUACUGGCUGGGGAAGAAGAAGCCGUGCAUCACCUACGGCCUGCGGGGCAUCUGCUACUUCUUCAUCGAGGUGGAGUGCAGCGACAAAGACCUCCACUCCGGGGUGUACGGUGGCUCGGUGCACGAGGCCAUGACUGACCUCAUCGCUCUCAUGGGCUGCCUGGUGGACAAGAAGGGGAAGGUGCUCAUCCCCGGCAUCAACGAGGCGGUGGCCCCGGUGACGGACGAGGAGCUGCAGCUGUACGAGCAGAUCGACUUCGACCUGCAGGAGUACGCCCAGGAUGUGGGCGCCGACACCCUCCUGCACGGCUCCAAGACGGACAUCCUGAUGCACCGCUGGCGCUACCCGUCCCUGUCUCUACACGGCAUCGAGGGCGCCUUCUCGGGCUCAGGCGCCAAGACUGUGAUCCCGCGCAAGGUGGUCGGCAAGUUCUCCAUCAGGCUGGUGCCCAACAUGACCCCCGAGGUGGUCAGCGAGCAGGUCACGAGCUACCUGACUAAGAAGUUUGCCGAGCUGGGCAGCCCCAACAAGUUCAAGGUGUACAUGGGCCACGGCGGGAAGCCCUGGGUGUCCGACUUCAACCACCCCCACUACAUGGCCGGGAGGAGGGCCCUGAAGACAGUGUUCGGUGUGGAGCCUGACCUGACCCGGGAGGGCGGCAGCAUCCCCGUGACGCUGACCUUCCAGGAGGCCACGGGCAAGAACGUCAUGCUGCUGCCCGUGGGCUCGGCCGACGACGGUGCCCACUCCCAGAACGAGAAGCUCAACAGGCACAACUACAUCGAGGGCACCAAGAUGCUGGCCGCCUACCUGCACGAGGUGUCCCUGCUGAAGAACUGAGGCCGGCUGGGGCCGGAAGCUUCUGGCUGUCGCCGCGGGCUUGUCCACCCGCCCUCUCGGCCUGUCUGACCCCGCAGUGGGGGGUCAGCCCGCAGCAGGUGCCCGUGGCCCCGCGGCCCUCCCUGCCCCCUCGCCCCCCAACACUG